UGUGCUGCUGAUCUCCAGAAAACACAGACAUCACACACUUUUUCUCUUUCCAUUUACUCCUCUGCAGUCUACAGUUAUUAUUGUUUUUCUCGAUAGCUUCAUUACUCUUCAAUACGCCUCGCUUGCUGUGUUUUCAAGAUUCAAAACGCUACACAAUUUGAGCACACUCCCAUUAGUUAGUCCUUUUCACCUGCAGAUUUCUCGAAAUACGAAAAUAUAUCUCAACCCGACAUUCUCUUUGGUCUGUAAUUAGGCUGCUGCGGACUUGUUUUCUUGUUUCUACUAUGUGCUUUGAGAUUGGUUCGAAAGAUUGAAGGCCCAUCUCUUUUGGGAAGAAAAGAAGGUGAUUAGUUCAUUUGAGGGCCUGUUUUCCGAUAUCCGAGCUUCAAAUCUGGUUGUUUUUUAGGAUGAUGUGUCUCAGGAGAACAGUAAGAAACUUUUACUGAGUGGUUUCUCCAAUUUACUGUAUCCUUGGUGCUUUGAAGCGUGAUGCUAAUGUCCAUACAGGGGGUAUGUUAUACCAUUGAGCAUAUGAAUCAUGUGUUUCUAUUAACGUAGCAUAAAAGGGCAAAUAUCAAAAGCUACUAUGACACAGCAGCAAUCAAUAACAGAAAUAUAUUUUUACUUGAGGUAGUUCUAUAGGGACAGCUGCCAAACUGCAUUUCUUAUAUCUUGGUAAGAUGAUUAAUAGUGGAAACGGUUGUCGUCAUAUGUGAAUCUCGGUACAUCAUUGCUGUAUCAUGGUAUAAUUCUUGGGCAAAAUUGGAUAGUUGAGAGUUGUGAUGGCAUCAAUUAGGAGAACAUUGUCUCCUGUUCCUCGACCUGGAUCUUUAAUGAAUGGGGAAGCAUAUCAAGUCGCAUCCCCUUUGUCCAAGUCGUCUUCAAACAGUCAGAACUACCCACCACAUGGAACACUGUCCUCUUCAUUGGGUUGCUUGGGCUAUGCAUUGUACAAAGCCCAGAAUUUUUUUCUUGGUUUUUUCUCACAGCGAUCAUCCCGGCCCUUUGACAGAUCCAAGUUAAAGGGACAACCUUGGCGGAGAGCAAUUUUACAUUUCUUAAUGUUUUUUUUUCUUGGUGUUUUUGUCGGACUUACCCCAUUUGUUCCACUGAAUUUGUCCGCAAAUGUUGUGCCUGAACAUCAAGCUUUCGACUUUGAGGAGCUUCAGCCAGUUGUGAACAAUGACAAGCUUUACAGUGGGAAGAAAAAUGAGAUGUCAGUAGUUGGCAGAUUCUCUUUGAAUGAAAAUUCUACAGCAGAGCCACAGAAGGUUAAUGUUGAACUAAAAGAUGGAACACUUGACCAUGCUAUUUUAGAUAAUUCAUUGGAUCUGUCUUCUGAUCUGGUGUUCCAUAAACUUCUGAUCGUUGUGACCCCAACGCUUGCUAGGCCACUUCAAGCCUACUAUCUGAAUCGUUUGGCACACACAUUAAAACUUGUCCCACAUCCUCUUCUGUGGAUAGUUGUGGAGAUGAAUGCUCAGUCUGCGGAAACAGCUGAAUUAUUGAGGAAGACUGGAAUCAUGUACAGACAUCUGGUUUGCAGUAUUAAGAAUUCUACUGGGAUAACAUAUAGAAAUGUGCACCUAAGCAAUGUGGCUCUUUCGCACAUUGAGACACAUCGCCUUGAUGGAAUUGUUUACUUUGCAGACGACGAUAGGAUAUACUCUGCUCAUCUCUUUGACCAAAUGAGAAACAUCAGUCGGUUCGGGACAUGGACAGUGGCCAAAUUGGUGGAAAGCAAGGGCGAAAUUUCCUUGGAGGGUCCAAUAUGUAACAGAUCUCAAGUGAUAGGGUGGCAUGUAGAUGACAUGGCAAAAAGGUUUCGAAGAUUCCACGCUGAGAUGUCAGGUUUUGCUUUCAACAGCACUAUCAUUUGGGAUCCAAAGAGAUGGCAUCGACCUACAAUUGAACCCAUUCGGCAGCUUGAGACAGUGAAAGAAGACAUGCAAGCGAGCACAUUCAUUGAGCAAGUUGUGGAGGAUGAAAGUCAAAUGGAAUGCUUUUCAAUGAACACUUCAGGAAUUAUGGUUUGGCAUCAUAUUAUGGAUUCACAUCCUUAUCCUCAUAACUGAUUUGCAAGUAAUAGUUUGGCCACUAUCGUUCCACUUGAGUGAAAAUUUGACAUUUGAGUAAGGUAAGAUGAGUCAUUUCCUAGAAAUUUUUGUGCAAGAAAUCCUCGUCCAAAUUACAGAAACUGGAAAUUGUCAGAUUGAUCUUCUGUAUAUUAUUUCCCCUGUUUCUCAA